AUGAAGGUUCUAUGGCCAGCAGCCUUCGAGGAUGUGGAUGUGCGGAUGUUCCUUGAGGAGAUCGAGGAUGUGGCGGAGCUUGCCGGUAUACGGACAGAUCGCGGCAAGUUGACGGCCCUCCGAGCGCUCCUCAAAGGUCGUGCGCGGGUAGUGUUGGACGCGGCACGAAGGGGCCCGGAGAAAAUGGAGUGGGCCACCGCUAAGUACACCCUGAUCGCGGGCUUUGACACCCCGGCAGACCGCCAGGAGGCACUCCGUCGCUUCAAGACGGCGCAGCUCGGAGUCGCUGUUCCGGCCAAACUACCAUACGAGUCCCUGAAUUCGUUGCUGCUCAACCACCUGCUGCCCACUGAAUUCCAAGCACACGAAAGGGCCAAACUAAACUCCAUGAUUCGUGCCGAUCAUGUUUCCUGCCGUGACUUGAUCCUUCAGCUGAACAAACAGGCAUUAGGCUGCAACUACGGUGAGCGCCUGGAAGAACACAUGUGUGACCGCUUGAUGGCAGGCAUUAAUAAUCUGACUCUCCAACGAAAGUUACUCGGGAAGAAAGAUUUGACUUUUGCCGAGGCCAGCAAGAUAUCUUGCGCAUGUGGACAGCGGUUCUCAAACGUUACCGCAAAUGUGAACAUCGCCUCUGAACCGAAAGAAUGUCUAUACUUUUUGGAUAACACUACGGUGUCGUUGACCGGAUCAUCUCAGGUUUUGGAAACUUCCGAGACCAUGAACUUCAUUCUCCCAUCGUCAUCGGGCUACACUUCAACCAAACUGACAAAUACCGCAUAUGUGAGCUACUACAAAACGGGACGCACCAUUGUUGUAUACACCGACACCAGUGGAGGUGUGAAGGACCUUGCCUUAUCAUAUGCCCCAAAUAAGGCCGGAGUGGUUACAGUGAAUACCGUCUUAUGCGCACUGAUUGGAAUCUUUGUCACGGGACGAUUCUCGAAAAUCUGA